UAAGUAUAAUUCGGAUUUGUAAUAAGAAAGUAUAAUUUAACAAUUUACAUUGUGCGUUGUGUAUUUUUAUACAUUGUAAACAAUCGUGAAAAUUCAACAAAUUUUCCAUUAUUUUUAUCAGACUUGAUUUAAUUAAGUACAUCAUAAUACCCACCACAACGGUAGCGGUAUUAAACUGUCUGUGUAAAGGUUAUAACCAAAUAUUUACUAAUACAUUUACGCAGUACCAGUACUAUAUAAAAAUAAAAAUUCUUCUUUAAUCUUGAAUUUUAUUAUGUUCAUACGGGUGGAGUCAUGGACAUUCAACAAGCACAAAAAACAGAUAAAAUUGUCCAAAUGGGCGAUGAAGAGGGACAUCUUGUUCUAUCACCAAGUGGUAAAGUAAACGUGCAACAAUCCUCCACAGAGCCAGUCCUCAACUUCUUAGACUAUCACAGAUUGGUCAACGCCUCUUGGCCGGAAACCCUAGUGGUCUUCUUAUCUGUAGUCAUUUCAUCUUUCUUUAUCUUCGGAACAUUGUAUUGGCUGAUCUGCCAGUCCCACGGCGACUUCGAGUCCGACCAUCUACCCGAAAUGCAAAAAUCAUCGAAUUUUACUCCCUGCAUCUACCACAUGUACAACUACGCGUCCUGCAUACUCUUCAGCAUUGAAACUCAGUACAAAGUGGCGUACGGGAUCAAAGCGACCACAGACGAGUGUCCGGAGGCGAUUUUCGUCAACGCAGUGGAGUGUUUAAUCGGUUUGGUCAUACAGGGGUUCAUGAGUGCCAUCAUCUUCUCCAAGAUGACUAAACCGAAGCUGAGAUCGAACACAUUAUUGUUCUCGAAGAAUGCUCUCUUAACAGUGGAUCAAGGGGUACCGUAUUUUAAAUUUAGAAUAGGUGAUCUUAGAGAAAAUCAUAUUUUUAACGUGUCUUGCCGAGCUGUAUAUGUGGCUAGGCAUACAAGAACAAGAGAAGGUGACGUUAUCAGUUAUCAACAAACACUUUUAGAUUUAAAAUCGGAUGGUUGCAAGGAUAACAUGUUCUUUAAUUGGCCGUUAGUGAUGUCGCAUAAGAUCACCAAUGAAUCACCACUGCAUGGAUACAUUUUCGGCACGAAUAAAGAUAGAUUUGAAGUGAUAGUUGUACUGGAAGGUAUCAUGCAAAGCACCGGACUUGUUACCCAAGAUAUGACCGGAUAUUUAGCUGAGGAUAUUGUUCUUGGGAGGGAGUUUGCUAAUAUGACAACUUUUAAAAAGGAUAAGAAUGAGUUUGAGAUUGAUUUUUCCAAGUUUGAUACUAUUUUAGGAAUUAUAAAAUGACUCGAAAUAAUUUUUUUGAAGAAUAAAGCUAAUAAAGGUUUUACACAUG